GACCCUUUCGUCAAUCCGGGUCUUCGUUCCUUUCACAAGGCCACUUCAAGCAGGGUGUAGGCGCAUCAUUCUCCGCACAGGAGAAGGCAUGAACACCAAACUCCAUACCUAAAAGGCAGCAAAACGGACAACAUGGAUCUCAAUCACAGCCCGCCUCGGAAGAGAUCCAAGUCUUUUCAUGCCAUUUCUCGGGACACUGCCCAGUUCACUCAUCCAGUGCAUACGGACACUAUCCCCAUGGAUAUCGAUCACCUAAACGAGGAGCCCCGAGAUUCUACUACUUUGGCGGCAUCUUCUGGCACUACAACAGCACACGCGGACAUAUUUCAUCAUGAAGAGAGCCAUGUCUUGCCCGAAGAACGCAGGUCCGAGACCUACGCUCGUUCGAUCAUACCGGCUCCAAACCCUAAAGACACUGCCACCUUAUUCGCUUACCGCAUGCCUAAGUAUGUCGAUGCUUCAUUUCAUCAUCAUAUAAUGGGCAUGGAAAAGAACAUAAGCCAGCCCUCUUUGGCUCGAACUGCCUCAAAAACGCUCUUCGUGUUCUCAUCGAGCGAGUCUGUCGAAGAACUCGCAGUUUGUUGUGCCGCGUACUUCUACGUCAACAAAUCUCAGAUGCCCCGAAUUCACGCGAGAGCUAUCAUGCUCUUGGAAGAAGACAGAUUGAUCAAAUCAAGUGCUCUCAACAACUGGGAGAUGAUACAGUAUGCUCAUGGUGGCAACACCACCGUGGAAUACCACGUACACUUUUAGGUGAAGGAACUGGUAGAGCUUACGAACGAGAUGAAACUUGAAGUACAGAUGUGUCUUCCCUGGAGAGACUUCACCAAGCUUGCAGAAGUCACUGCUCCCUUGCGAGAUGCUGGCUUCGAACUGUCGGUUACUUUUGACGAGGAGCAGUGGAUGGGAAUACCUUCGCAGUAUCGAGACUUCCACAAGGCACUGACCAUCAAAUCCAUCACUGGAGGCGAGCUGGACGACGCCAAUCUUCGUUUCCAGCAACUGAUGCCACAGUUUAUUGCUGAUGACUUGACUGCUCAUGGUACCCGCGGAUUCCGUCCCAACAGAAGGCGAUGGCAUUCUCUCUCUCAAAACACACCAUGAGUCUAUCAAUAGGGUGUCGGCUCGCGAACGGGGGGGUAAUUUCUGGUGGUAUUCUACUACGUUUCCGGCGGAGUACUUACAUGAAAAUACUGCAAACGAUUUCAGGUGGAAUAAAAAU